AUGAAGACGACGUCGUUCAUGGGGAACCUCCUCUCUGCCCUGAAGAACGCGCGACGUUGGCGCCAAAAUCAACUGACAAAGUUCCACAGCAAAACCCUCCACGCUGGGAAACCCCCAGAAAGCAACGAUUUUUACUCUGCGUUCUCGAUACACACUCGCCUUCUCAAGUCCAGCCUCCUGACCCACACCACCGCCACGAAUCACCUCAUCAACCGCUACGCGAAACUGCAGGAAAUCGAACACGCCCGCCGGUUGUUCGACGAAUUGCCCGAGCCGAAUGUCGUGUCGUGGACUUCGCUCAUGGCCGGGUAUAUCGGCGUGGGCCGACCCGAGGUGGCUCUUUGGUUAUAUGGGAGGAUGAGGAGAAGUGCAGUGUUGCCUAAUGAGUUUGCUCUUACAACUGUGGCCAAUGCUUGCUCGGUUCUUGCCGACCUUAGAGUGGGGAGAGGAAUUCAUGCCCAUGUCGAGGUGUUUGGUCUACGUGGUAAUGUUGUGGUGUGUUCUUCACUGGUGGACAUGUACGGGAAGUGCAAUGAAGUUGAUGAAGCUAGACGGGUUUUUGACUCGAUGUCCAAUAAGAAUAUUGUCUCUUGGACAUCGAUGAUCACGGCAUAUGCACAGAGCGGAAAAGGGAAAGAGGCGCUUCAUCUGUUUUGGGAGUUCGAUUAUUCCAGAUUUGGUUUUCCAAAUCAUUUCAUGCUGGCUAGUGUUGUGAAUGCUUGUUCAAGCUCAGGCUCUCUAGUCUCGGGAAGGAUCGCUCAUGGAGCAGUGAUUCGCUAUGGCUACGAUACUAAUGAUGUAAUUGCGAGUGCAUUGAUGGAUAUGUAUGCCAAGUGCGGGUAUUUCAAUUACUGUGAGAAAGUUUUCAGGAGGAUAGAAAAUCCAUCUGUUGUUCCCUACACCUCCAUGAUUGUGGGUGCUGCAAAGUAUGGACUCGGGAUGUUGUCCUUAGAACUGUUGGAAGAGAUGAUUGAUAGAGGUGUUAAACCCAAUGACGUCACCUUUCUCGGGAUACCGCAUGCAUGUAGCCACUCGGGACUUGUUGAUGAUGACCUUGCCAUCUUGGAGUCCAUGGAUAAAAAAUACGGAAUAAUCCCAGACGCAAGGCAUUAUACAUGUGUAGUUGAUAUGCUUGGCCGAAUAGGCCGACUUGACAAGGCUUAUGAGUUGGCGAAAUCUAUCCAGGUGAGGCCUGAAGAGGGAGCGCUCUUGUGGGGAACUCUUCUAUCAGCAAGUAGGCUUCACGGACAGGUUGAGAUUGCCACAGAAGCAAGCAACUGGUUAAUAAAGUCGAAUCAACAACUAUCGGGCUUCGCCGAAUUUUCAGCUUAA